GGCACUUACUUCUUGUUGCGGAGCCAAAGCUUGGGUCUUUAGCCUUUUGAAUCGUUGCGCACAGUGAGAAAUUCAUAGAAACUCAAGCUAGUUCUUCGGGUUUCGCGGUUUCCCUUUUUCAUGCGCAAUUUGCAGUUUAAUACAUUUCCCUUUGUUGCAAUAGCAGUAGUGGUGGAUAUUUACAUCGCUCCUUGCCAUGCUUUGUGAUUAGGAAAUCAUUCUUCUGAUUGCUGAGAUGAAAGGAGGGCGGAAGAAUCUGCAGUGGGCUGCAAAGGAACGAGAGGUUACUCUGCAAGAUGGACAAAGCAUCGUGCAAGCUGUUUCCCACCGAGGUUCCAAUCUCGUCGAGGUGAUGGAUGCGCAAGGCAACAAACUUCUGGCGCUGAUCCCAGCUAAAAUCCAAAAGAAAUAUUGGAUUGGACGAGGGACAUUCGUUGUGGUUGAUGACAGUGGCAAGGAAAAGGCACUUGAAUCAGGUAGCAAAGUGGGAUGUCUUGUUUCUCGAGUUCUGUUCUAUGAGCAAGUGCGUGAGCUCAAGAAGUCUCCAGAUUGGCCUGAAGCUUUCAAAUCCUCUAUGGACUCAUCGAGUGAGAAGGUGCUUGCACUUGAUAACUCUUGCAUACAUAAGAAGGAUCCCAACUCAAAUGACGGUGAUAACGAUAAUGAUGACAAAGACGACGAUGAGGAGGAUGAUGAUGAGGAUGGACUUCCGCCGUUAGAGCCAAAUACUAAUAGGUUAAGACCAGCGGAGUUGCAGCAUGAAGAAUCAGAUUCCGAUUCGGGUUCAGAUUCAGAUUCAGCUUCUUGACAUAUAUUUACCUCAGCCCUCAUGGGUGCACUGCCAGGACAGAAGUCACUUCCGUCAUGUUGUGACAUGGACGAAGCAUUUGAUAUUUGCUGGUGGAGCUGUCCAGGAUUAUCAAAAUUCAGAAGACGAGUAGAUACUGCAGUUCAGUUCAGGGUUCUUCUCUCCUUGUGGAGCUUGUAAUGAGGCUUUUGGCAGCCGUUAUUCUUGCUUAUGUUGGGCUAAAUCCAGCCAUUUAUAUGUACCGUUGAAACCUAAAUAUUGCAUUCCUGGCUGUUCAAGAUUAUAAUCUUGUGGCCCGAAUCAUUUUCC